AUGUCUUGGAUCUCAAACGUGGCCCCACGAGCUUCUCCCAGGCUGAGAGUAGUCUUGACUCCACUGACAGGAGAGAGCAUUGCGCAGCCAGUGGAUAGACGCCGCAGCCUGACACUUUUCCUGUCCAGCAUUAUACCUCCUGGUCGUCGCUUGGAAGCUGUCGCAGAUGCUGCAACCAAGCGCCGACCGUACGUGUCCAGCCCUACGCAUUCUUCGACAAUUGAAUCUAGUAGCUCAGGGGCAGCGUAUAUUCAGACUAUUGACUGCAGGCUGAAAUCUAUCGCGCCUGUGGCCGAUGUCAUAAACAUCCUCUCAUCCACCAACGCCCCAUCACACAUGACGUCUCACAUACAUCCAGAUCGCCUCUCGCGCCUUCCUCCUGAUGAUUCAGGCAGUCAUCGUCGCAUAGCCUAUGAUAAACCACAGUCGCCUCGCCGUCACACGGGUCGUGUAAUCCGCCAUUCUGCUUCGCCACACCACACAAGACACUCCCCGUCUGAUGACGAUCGUGCCGGACGUAAGCGUCCCAGGAGUAAUAGCAGGAGUCCAGGCCGUUUGCCUACAAAGCGUGGCCGGGAAAACUCUCGCCAUGAGCGCCACCGUCGCGAUCCUUCCUUGGAGAGCAAACCCCGAGUUCCCGCAGGAACGAGGAACCGCGAUAAGUACCGCAGGAGCCGAGAUUCGCGGGAACGCGAACGGUCAGAAUCAAGAGAUAGGAAGAUUACAAGACCACGGUCGCGCUCAAGAGAUAGACAACCACGCGGCACCUCGCCGUCGCCAAACAGAAGCUCGAAGCGUCCUCGCAGCACGUCACCAGACCGUCACCGUCACCGUCGACGACGCUCACGUUCACGAUCACGCUCAAGAGACAGAUACCGCCAUCGCUCACGCAAGCACUCGUCUUCACUCUCUCCAUCUCGCCGACACAGACACUCUCCGUCCCGCAAGCUCUCUCCUGCUCGCUCACCGGUCCGUCGCAGCGGCCCCCUCGCAAGCCAGAACGCCGCCUUCAACGCCGAACUCGACCCGUCCGCCCCUCCGCCCGUCGAGAAACAAAAGCCCAACUUUGCCAAUACCGGCCUCCUCGCUAAAGAAGCAAACAAAGUCACCGGCACAAACAUCUCGCUCAAAUACCACGAACCGCCUGAAGCACGCAAGCCCCCUGCUAGCGCUCCAUGGUCCCUCGUCAUUUUCAAAGACUCUGCCUGCAUCGGUACAACAGAGCUUAAUGCGCGAAGCUGCUGGCUCAUAGGACGCGAGGCCAAGGUGGCGGAUAUACUUGUCGAGCACCCGAGUUGUAGUGGGCAGCAUGCAGCGAUUCAAUUUCGUUACAGAGAGAAAGCAGGGGGAAAGGGCCGGGUGAAGCCGUACGUGAUUGAUCUUGAGAGUCGUAAUGGCACGAGUGUGGAUGGUGAGAAGGUUGAGGGGGGCCGAUAUAUGGAGCUGAGGAGUGGGGACGUCAUUCGGUUCGGCGAGAGUUCAAGGGAGUAUGUGCUUAUGUGUGCGAAGACUUAG